AAAUUUCCGAUUCCCAUAACUGCUUUUGAUUACUGCAUGAUUUCAUUUUCAGUACGUGAAGCAAAGUAGAUUUGUGAAUUUCUCCGUUUGAUCGUCGAGUUUCUCGCGUGGAGUUCGAAUUUUCAGAUCGCACUGAGUGAUCACCCGAUUCCGUAGUUACAUUCGAUUUUCAGGCGGAGGACCGCGCAUUCUGAGGAAUUUAAAGGAGAAAUUGCGAAAAUGAACCGCCAGUCGUAUAGUUUCAUCCAUGAACGUGAUGCAUCGCCGAAGCUUCUUCUGUCGGAGCCCAGCGGUUACACUGCGGAGAUUCUCUUGUUUGGUGCGCAAGUGGUUUCCUGGAAGAAUGAGAGAAGACAAGAGUUGCUCUUCGUCAGCAGUAGGGCUGCGUGGAAUGUGUCAAAAGCCAUAAGGGGUGGCGUACCUAUUUGCUUUCCACAGUUUUCGAAUCUUGGUACACUGGAGCAACAUGGAUUUGCAAGGAACAGGUUAUGGUCAGUUGACAAGUCUCCUUCACCUUUGCCUUCGCCUUCGCCUCCAACUUCGACUUCAGCUUCAACUUCGACUUCGACUUCAGGCAGUACUCCGUCAACAAUAGAUCUCGUCUUGAAGUCCACUGAAGAUGACCUGAAGACUUGGCCACACAGAUUUGAGUUGCGUAUACGUAUUUCUUUGAGUGCUGGAAAGAUCACAUGGAUCCCUCGCGUGCGGAAUAUUGAUAGCAGGCCAUUCACUUUCACAUUUGCGCUGCGUAAUUACAUGCCUGUUUCUGAUAUCAGUGAAGUGCGUGUCGAGGGCUUGGAGACGCUAGAUUACUUUGAUCACUUGUUGCAAGGAGAAAGAUGUACUGAACAGGCGGAUGCAAUAACUUUCGACGGUGAGAUUGACCGAGCCUAUCUAAGCACACCGUCGAAGAUAGCUGUAAUUGAUCACGAGAGGAAAGUGACAUAUGAACUCCGCAAAGAAGCCAUGUGUGAUGCAGUUGUGUGGAACCCUUGGGAUAAGAAAGCAAAAGCUCUGCCAGAUUUAGGUGAUUCAGAUUACAAAAAAAUGGUAUGUGUGGAUUCAGCAGUUAUCGAAACCCCAAUAGCCUUGAAACCCGGUGAAGAGUGGAAGGGUCGACAAGAUCUGAUAUACGUCUCCUCAAGUUACUUCAGUGGGACGUUGGAUCCUUCAAAAGUUCUCGGCUACAUGGGAAUGAAGUAAUGGAUAUUCAUCUGCACAAAAGCACUUCUUGUUCAGCAUUCGCUCUGUAUAUGCUAAUCCAUAUUCCUGUACAAUGAUGGUCCUCCUCUUUCGAUCUAUAAGAUACGAGAAGCAUCAAUGCAGUAUUGACAUUGAUACAAAUGAGUAUGAUUCUCAUUCGAGUUUAUGGAGUAACAAAGAUUGCAACUUUUGAUA